GAAAACAGAAGCCUUGCUGAUGAUUUGUAUAAUGGAGUGCGAAUCCUGUGCUGGGUGAUGACUGGGCCCCAGAAUCUGGAAAAUAAAGCCAAACAUGUCAAAGCCACCUGGGUUAAAAAUUGUAACUCUGUGCUUUUCAUGAGCUCUAAAGAAAACAAAGAUUUCCCUACAGUGGGACUGGAUGUUAUAGAAGGCAGAAAUGAGCUGAACUGGAAAACUGUCAAAGCUUUCAGAUAUAUUUCUGACCAUCACUUGAAUGAAGCUGAUUGGUUCUUGAAAGCAGAUGAUGACACAUACGUUAUUGUUGAAAAUCUGCGUUGGCUAUUAUCAAAGUACUCUCCAGAUCAACCCAUAUUCUUUGGAAGAAAAUUUAAGCCAUUUGUGAAGCAAGGAUUCAUGAGUGGUGGAGCUGGAUAUGUACUGAGCAAGGAAGCAGUGAAAAGAUAUGUUGAUAUCUGCAAGACUGGUAAAUGCAGUUAUUCUACAGCUCAAGAAGAUGUGGCCAUUUCAAAGUGUUUGGCGGGUCUUAAUGUAUCAGCUGGCGACUCCAGGGACACAAAUAAAAGGGAAACCUUUCAUCCUCUUCCGCCAGAACAUCAUUUGAUAAAAAAAUAUAUACCACGAUCAUCCUGGUACAGAAAGUAUUGCUUUUAUCCCAUUACAGAGGGGCCUGGAUGUUGUUCUGAUCUGACAGUGUCAUUCCACUAUGUCGAUUCUGUGAACAUGUAUCUUUUAGAGUACUUGACUUAUUGUCUCCGACCAUAUGGCUACAAGUAUAGAUAUUAUCCAGAGUCUGCAGCAAAGGAAUUGAAGCAGACAUAGAUUUCUGUGAAACUUCUGUUCAAAUUUAUGUGUUAGAAAUGAAUGGUCAACAAAAUGUUUUGGAGAUUUGAGUUUUGCCCAAAUUACACUGGACAACACAGCAACAUAAGUAAUUAUAUGGCAUGGUUGUAAACAAUCACAUAUGGAUAUCAGUGGGAUUUUUCUUUCUUUUACUACUGGCUUGAAAACAAGCAAUUAAAUUUGUAUCAUGAUAAAUAAAAUAUGUGUGUAUUCAUUCAUGACUCCAUGGGAACCACUGUACAUAGUCUUGUCUGCAUUGAUGUUUAAAUGAGGAUAAGAAGGGCCUGUAUUAAAGCUUUAUUUUUGGAUUUGCUGCAUUCCUUCAGCAACAGCCUGACAACAUUAUAUCUGGUCUCAUUGAUGCUUGUUAGAAGUAAAACUAUUUAGAGUUGCUGUUUACUAUCUUGCUGAAAGAUAUGAUUAUUGGGUACAAACAUGAUUCGACUUUCCUGUAAGUCUUUACUGUAUUGAUUCACACUCAAGACACUUUUCCCCCCACAAAAUGAAUGGAGACCUAUAACAGUUACAGAAUGGGACCACAAGCAGACAUUGCAAUACAUAUUAGGAGAGCAACUUGUUUUAAGAACCAUAAAAAAAUUGUUGCCAUUGCACGAGUGGCCCAAGGAGAUAAAGAAAUCCAU